AUUACAGAAGGAGCGAGCACGCCUGUGCUUCUAGCGAGGAGACCCAGGUAUAAUAUAACAUCCAGGCUCUUGUCAUUGAAUAUUUGCACUUUCCCCCUCUGCUUUGGUUCUUGCUGCACGCUGCCGUCCACAAAAGAAUGGCCCAGGAACAACCUAUUACUCCGCAGUUGGUUCCGGCUCAGGCCCAGCCCCUGCCGACCCAGUCCACCACGACCCAGAACAACCCAGCGUUAGCGGACCUACAGGUCGACGACGACCUUGAAGACGACAGUGCCUAUGCUGUUUCCGAAGGAUCCGCCAGCUUCGUCUCGUCGAUCAACUCCAGUGUUUUUCGCUACAAGUAUGAGAACGGCCGCCGUUAUCAUGCUUUCCGGGAGGGCGCAUAUCUAGUGCCCAACGACGACGAGGAGCAGGACCGCAUGGACCUGGCACACCACAUCUACGGUCUUCUCCUUGGUGGAGAGCUCCACCUCGCCCCGAUUGGUGAUAACCCGCAGCGCGUCCUUGACCUGGGCACCGGCACCGGCAUCUGGGCCAUGGACUUUGCAGACCAAUACCCCUCCGCCGAAGUCAUCGGCACUGAUCUGAGCCCCAUUCAGCCCAAGUGGACACCACCCAACUGCACAUUCGAGGUCGAUGAUUUUGAACAGGAUUGGGUCUACCGCAAGCGGUUUGACUACAUCCACGCCCGUGAGCUCGGAGGAUGCGUUGCCGAUGAUGGGAAGCUCUUCAGCCGAGCUUUCGAGCACUUGGCCCCUGGUGGUUAUCUGGAGAUGCAAGCAGUGUAUCCUCGUUUCCUCUCCGACGACGAUACGGGCAAGCUGGCCAAGGACGCUCAGUACUGGAUGACCAACAUCUGCGAGGGCGCGGCCAAGUUCGGUAAGCCCCUUGACUCAGUGCCCCAGUGGCUAGACAAGAUGCAGGCCGCCGGAUUCGUCGAGGUCAAGCAGGAGAUUCGCAAGGUUUGUCCCCAAUUUACGCGACGUACGCGGUGUCUGAUUUCUUGGAACCCGAUGCUCAAUAACACCCAGAUUCCGUUCGGUAGCUGGCCGAAAGACCCGACUCUGAAGGAGAUCGGCAGGCACUCGAUCAUCCAGGAACAUCAACUCAUCGACUCGUACACACCUGGCAUCUUCUCCCGUGUGCUUGGAUGGGAUCAGACGGAGAUCCAGGUCCUCAUGGCCAGGGUGAAGAACGACCUUAAUAACCCUGCCAUUCACCUCUAUGUUCCCACCUAUUUCAUAUGGGGCAAGAAGCCAGAGGAGUGAGCGCUCCGCUUGGUGUCAGGGGCGUUGGUAGUGAUUUAAUCCCAUCUUAUUCCGAAGAGGGCCUCCCCUUUGGCUAUAUUGAGUCGCGAUAUUAUCGAUGCAUGCGUGUUUUUGUCCCUAAUGUCCUUGGAAAGAAUCCACCAACGUCAUCCACGAGUGCGGCGAUCUGAUGUUCAGUGGCCCGCGCCGUCGCAGCGCACGUUUGUCGGGCUAGGAUGUCAA